AAUGGACCCUGUUGUGAACUAUGAUGACGAUCACUCUGAGGAAGCGAGUGUGCCCCUACAUCAGAAUGCAAAUCAGAACGCUCCACCGCAAGGGGGGCCGAAUGGUGGGCCUACCGGCUCAGCAACCUGAGUCUAGGUUCACUAUCGAUAAGCUGAAGAAGAACAAGGCUGAGGCGUUUCUCGGUGAAGAUAUUGCUGACCCCCUGGUUGCAUUUCGAUGGCUCGAGCGCGUGAGGCGUGUGUUCGAGAAUAUGAAGGUCCUGGAUAGAGAAUGGGCUGAUCUGGCGGUAAUGCUAUUACAGAGGCCAAAUACAUUGCCAAGUGAGAAACGGGAGGAGUUCAUGCAUCUUGAGAUGGGGACUUUGAGCUUGCCAGAGUAUCGCCAGAUGUUCGAUCACUUGGCGGAAUUUGGUCAGGACUUGGUGAAGACCACCAAGAGACAUUGCGACAGACCGCCAUCAGUCGCCACAGUUAUCUCCAUCGGGAACCAAAUGCCAUUUCCAUCAAAAUAUGUUUACGCUUCCAUAGUCUUCCUACUCUUCACGGUAGGCUUUUUCCGCACCCUCAGCCGCCGGCAACGGAUCCCCUCCUCCGCCGAAUCAAAUCCAGACUACGAAGAUGCCUUUCUCUCCUCUGCUUCUAACGACACCAUCGCCUCGCACCUCCGUCACCUCACCUUCCAACCGCACCUCGCCGGCACGCCGGGCUCUCUCCGGACGGCGUAUUACGUCAAGUCCCAGUUCGAGUCCCUUCAUAUCCCCACCCACCUCACCAACUACACCGUCCUGUUGUCUUACCCCUUGUCGGCCUCGCUGACGGCUCAUUUCCGCAACGGCUCCGCCGUUCCCGUCCCUCUAUCCGAGCCCGGGAUCCCGAAAAAAAGGGUGGUAAUCCCUUACCACGCUUACUCUCCCUCCGGCUCGGCUCAUGGAAGCGCUGUUUUUUUGAACUACGGGCGGGAGGAGGACUACCGUGUACUGGCGGAGCAGGGGGUGGAGAUGGAGGGCUGCGUCGGGAUUGUACGGAGAGGCGGCGGGCAGUCUAGGAACGAGGUGGUCGGGAGGGCGGCGGUGCAUGGAGUUGCGGCGGUGCUCAUGUAUACCGAGGGCGAGUUGAGGGAAGGGGUAGAGAGAGGGACGGUAUCGGGGAGCGUAGGGGAUCCACUGAGCCCGGGAUGGGCCGGAGUUGGGCCGGGCGAGAGACUCCGAUUAGAUGACCCGCGAGUAUCUGCCAAAUUCCCGAAAGUGCCAUCGAUGCCCAUAUCUAUAGGCGCCGCAAAGAUGAUACUGAGUUCGUUAAUGGGUUCCGAGUUGCCUUCUCUGUGGAAGAAGAAGCAUACUGAUCAAAAUAUCAGUAGUAGCGGCGGCAUCGAUUUUUCGAGGGUUGGGCCCGGCCCAACAAUGUUGAAUUUCUCGUACCAGGGGGAGAAAAGAAUGGGAACAAUACAUAAUGUAUUUGGUGUGAUAAGAGGGUCAGAAGAGCCCGACCGGCUUGUGCUUCUUGGGAAUCACAGAGAUGCAUGGACUUACGGGGCAGUGGACCCCAGCAGCGGCACUGCAGCUCUACUCGAAAUUGCCCGCCGCUACGCUCUUCUCAUGCAGUUGGGAUGGACACCUCGCCGCACCAUCUUACUUUGCAGUUGGGAUGCUGAAGAGUUUGGGAUGAUUGGCUCCACUGAAUGGGUUGAAGAGAACACUCUCAAUCUGGCCUCUAAAUCAGUGGCCUACCUAAAUGUGGAUUGUGCAGUUCAAGGACCUGGAUUUUAUGCCGCUGCAACUCCUCAACUUGAUGAUCUUCUUCUUGAAAUUGCUAAGAAGGUUAGAGAUCCCGAUUCUGAGGAGAUGACCAUAUAUGAGAAAUUGACAGUUACGAACCAAGUUAUGGAUAUCCAGAGACUUGGCCGAGUGGAUUCAGAUUUUGUUCCAUUUUUGCAACAUGCAGGGAUUCCUUCCAUCGAUAUCUACUAUGGUGAAGGUUUCCCAGCAUACCACACGGCAUUUGACUCUUAUAAUUGGAUGGUGAACUUUGGAGAUCCAUUGUUUCAACGGCAUGUGGCAGUGACAGGAAUAUGGGGACUUCUUGGACUUCGCCUCGCCAAUGAUGCGAUUCUACCUUUCAACUACCUCUCUUAUGCAAAAGAGCUGCUAGGAUAUACAAAUAUCUUGAAUGAUACAUUGGGGGGAAGCUUCUCGCUGCAUCCAUUAACGGAUGCUAUCCAAGAACUUGUAGGCGCCGCUACGGAAAUUCAGAAAGAAGUGAAGAAACUGAUGGAGGGUGAAGCUGUGGUGGACGAGCAUUUUAUUGUGAAGAAAAGGAUGUUAAACGAUCGGCUGAUAUUUGCAGAGAGGGGUUUCUUAGACGGAGAAGGGCUUAAAGGAAAUCAAUGGUUCAAGCAUCUUGUUUAUGGUCCGUCGUGUAAGAGCAACAAAGGGAAGCUGGAUUUCUUUCCUGGAGUUGUGAAUGCCAUGUGUGGGGGGCCGAUGAAUAAGGUAGAAGAAAGGGAUGGUGAAAUUAGGCAUGAGAUAUGGAGGGUUGCAAGGGCUAUUCAACGAGCUGCCUACGCGCUUAGAGGACAACUAACAUGAAGGUUUACCCACUCAGACACCAAGCUUUAUCGUAUUUAGAUAGUUAUUAAAUUUUAGCAUUUACUUUCCAUCAUCUCCGAUGGAGCCAAAAUUUCACCAUUUUUUGGCUUUGGGGUGUGAUGGAAUAAAUCAAAAUGGAUCUCUAAACUGUCUGCGCUUCUUUCAAAAGCUUCUUUAAUUAAUGAAAUAGCAGUUAGUCAAGCAAUGCAACUUUCGACGCUGAGCCGGGGGUCUCUUUGGAAACAGCAUCUCUACUUUCGAAUAGGGCCAAGGU